AUGAGGAGUUCCAGUUUCACGCUUCAUUCAAGUCCGCCAUUUCGUGCCUUCGAACCGUAUGCACUUCUGCGCUCAUUCUCAAACCGGUCCGUCGCCAAAAGCGAUUCGUUCGAGAAAGAAACGGACCACGAACACGUGGCCGAUGGGUUUUGGCUAUGCGUUGAUGCCUCGAAAUGGAACAACGACGCCGUUGACGAACCAAACUUUGCCUUGAUUCCAGAAGACCGUCGGCUGGCGUUGCUGCUUCGUCUGGCAGGACAGAGGCCCCUGGACAUAUGGAUACUCCACCGUAUCCAUGAAAACAUGCUUCGGCUUUUCGACCCGGAGACGUAA